GUUGAUUGGAAGCAAAAACCACAUCAUUUCUAAAACACAUACAGGCGUAGACGCGCGUGUGUAUGAAUCCCGAAUACCUUUGAACCUUUUUUCUCGACAUGCAUUGUUUCCUUUUUCGUUUUGUGUGACGCGUAAAGUGAUGGGGUGCGCUUUUGGUUUCGUGACCUGUCAGCGUGGAUCGGCUCGUGUUGGAUAGAUGUGGCAUGAUUUGAAUGCUUACACAUUUGACAUCGUUUUAAAUGGGCUCGACUGGAAUUACAUUCAUAUGAGAAGUUUUCUUUGUUUUUGCGAUUUUCCGAGAGAUGAAGUGAAGGCGCACGGUGGGAUUGUGCACAAAGGGGAGACUUUCUGUAUUUUACAAUUGACAUACGCUGAUGGAGACUUUAAGUGGUAACAGAUGCAUUUACUGUAAUGUUCGUCCUGCGUUUUCGAUUUAACGCCUGUUUGGAUUUUACCUGUUGGAUAUCUGCAUGUCUAGGAUGGCUCGCUUUGGAGACGAUCUGCCCACCCGCUAUGGAGGUCCGGCGGGCGCUGGGAGAGGGGGUGCCCGGGCGGGAGGUCCUCCGGGCGGUCAAAGAAUGUACAAACAGUCGAUGGCUCAGAGAGCCAGGACAAUGGCAUUAUACAAUCCCAAGCAAACCAAACAGAACUGUUUCACCGUCAACCGGUCCUUGUUCAUCUUCAGCGAGGACAAUGCCAUACGGAAAUACGCAAAGAGAAUAACAGAAUGGCCUCCAUUCGAGUACCUGAUCCUCUCUACCAUUAUUGCCAACUGCAUCGUGCUGGCCCUCGAGCAGCAUCUUCCAGCUAUGGACAAGACGCCCAUGUCUGAACGCCUGGACGACACAGAACCCUACUUUAUCGGGAUAUUCUGUUUCGAGGCCAGCAUUAAAAUCAUCGCCCUGGGCUUCGUCUUUCACAAAGACUCGUACCUACGCAAUGGCUGGAAUGUAAUGGACUUUGUGGUCGUUCUGACGGGGAUCUUGACCACCUUGGGCUCGCAGUUUGACUUGAGGACACUGCGGGCCGUUCGAGUGCUGAGACCCCUCAAACUGGUGUCAGGAAUUCCAAGUCUUCAAGUCGUACUGAAGUCUAUAAUGAAGGCGAUGGUUCCUCUUCUUCAGAUUGGUCUGCUGCUCUUCUUUGCCAUUGUCAUGUUUGCUAUCAUUGGUGUGGAGUUUUACAUGGGCAAGUUCCACUACACUUGCUUUAAAAUUGAGACAGGAGAACGGGAUGGUGAUUAUCCAUGUGGUACAGAGACUCCUGCAAGAACGUGUCCCAAUGAAACGGAGUGCACGGGGUAUUGGAAAGGACCCAACUUUGGCAUCACAAACUUUGAUAACAUCCUUUUCGCCAUCCUCACAGUCUUCCAGUGCAUCACCAUGGAAGGAUGGACUGAUGUGCUUUAUCAUACCAAUGAUGCCUCGGGGAACACCUGGAACUGGUUGUACUUUAUCCCUCUCAUCAUCAUCGGCUCCUUCUUCAUGCUUAACCUCGUCCUGGGUGUCUUAUCAGGGUAA